GAUGUUAAUGCGGGAAUUGAUGUAAAUCAAACACCGCUGUCUACUGCAACCGAACGUGGAGAUAAAGCCGUUGUUAAGCUGCUGCUUGAAGCGGGUGCUGAUGUUAAUGCGAGAAAUAAUUUUAAUCGAACGCCGCUGUCCUUUGCAGCCGAAGGUGGAGAUGAAGCCAUUGUUAAGCUGCUGCUGGAAGCGGGUGCUGAUGUUAAUGCGAGAAAUAAUUUCAAUCGAACGCCG